AUGUUACAUGAAAAGGAUGUCGAGGGGAAUGUUGCGUCAACGACAUCAACGGAUGACCAUAGCAACAAAGAACAAGCGCUGGCAAUAACAACAACGACGAUGCAUAAAAAAUGGUGGCAAUUUUGGAAAAGCGACUCGACGGUGGAUCCACAUUCCUACUCAACAUUGAAAAAAUCGACCAUCUUGAUCAUCAUUUCAUUUGCUGGUGCAGUGAACCCGAUUGCAUCCACCGUCUAUUACCCAGCCUUGACCGAAGUACAGCGUGCAUUCAAUACAACGGACACCGCUGUCAACGCAUCUGUUUCAUUGUUUGUUUUCCUCACCGCCUUUUGUCCUCUUGUUUGGGCUUCUUGGAGUGAUGGAACCGGACGACGACCCAUUUACCUUGUAUCAUUUGCAAUUGCCAUUGUUGGAUCCAUUUGCUGUGCUGUAUCUGUCAACAUUGCCAUGCUUAUCGUUUUUCGUGCCGUCAGUGCUGUGGGUGCAUCUUCGGUAAUGUCACUGGGUGCUGGUAGUUUGGCGGAUUGUUUCGAAGCCCACGAACGAGGGCGUGCUUAUUCGUUCUAUGUUGUGGGUCCAAUUGCAGGACCUGCCAUAGGACCCAUCAUAGGUGGCUACUUGACAGAGAGAUUUGGAUGGCGAUCCACAUUUUGGUUUGUGGCCAUUUUCAUCUUUUGCAUUUGGACCUUGAUUUUAUUCUUUCUACCUGAAACGUAUCGGCCUGAUCCAAGUACAGCAACAGCAGACGUUUCAACUAAAAAGGGAAAACUAAGGAUCCCUAAUCCCGUGGGUGCUCUCAAGCUGCUACGAUUUCCCAAUGUGCUGGUGGCUGUGAUAUUUCUUGGAAUCAUGUUCGGUGUCUAUUAUUUACUCAACACGUUAUUUGCAUGGACCUAUGCCAAUCAAUACAAGCUGGAUUCUGGUACAGUGGGUUUGUGCUUUUUGCCAUCUGCCGUCGGUGGGAUUUUAGGCGGCAAUAUUGGUGGUCGUCUCUCGGAUAUUGUAUACAACCGCAAUGUUAGGAAAGCAGGGAUCGGUGCACCCACGUAUCCUGAAAUGCGACUCAGCAUCCCUGUUUUAUGCAUAGCAUCAUUCAUCUUGUUUGGCUCAUGUGUGGGCUAUGGCUGGUGUGUGCAAGAAAAUGUCCAUUUCGGUGUUCCCAUGGUGUUUUUAUUCUUUGUUUCCUUUGGGAUCAUGCUUCCCCACGUGACUCUCACGACCUAUUUAGUCGACUGUCAUCGUUCCCAGAGUGCAUCUGUCACUGCAUGCAACAAUCUUUCUCGUUAUAUCAUGGCUGGUAUUGGUACACUUUUAUCAUCUGAUUUAAUGCGUGCUAUGGGCAACGGUAUUCUAUUUACAGUUGCUGGUGCCUUGGUGAUUCUCCUUGGGAUACCAUUGAUCUAUAUCAAGAAACGACCAGAAAAAUGGAUCAAGAUGCGACGAGAUCAUACAAAGUAA